AUGGCUGCUUCACUGCUUGAGCCGCCAUUUUCAACAAACCAAUCACUGCACAACCCAACCCGUCCCUCUCUCAAACCCCAAAGUUUGAAUCUUGCUAACAAUUUCGCCCCACCGCCUCGCCUCCGUACCUCCACAGCUCCAAUCUGUCUCUGCGGCGCCGGAGAAGUUGUCCCGGCGGCGGAUAUCCCUCAAGAAAACAGCGCCUCGCUCGAGAGAAUCAAAGACCGGCGCAAGGUGGUGCGCGUGGCGUGGGAGAAGCUUGUCCGCUGGUCCCGCUCGUGGCGAUCCAGGGCUAAGACUGAUGUUCUUGAACGGACUAACAAGGUUGUGGUGCUUGGAGGUGGAUCGUUCGGAACUGCCAUGGCUGCACAUGUUGCUGAUAGAAAAGCGCAGCUUGAAGUUAAUAUGCUUGUACGAGAUGCCAAAGUUUGUCAGUCGAUCAAUGAAAAUCAUGUUAAUCUUAAGUAUUUUCCCUCACACAAGCUACCAGAAAAUGUCGUUGCUACAACAGAUGCUAAAGCUGCUCUACACGGUGCAGACUUUUGCUUCCACGCUGUGCCAGUGCAGUACAGUGCCUCGUUCCUCAAGGGCAUUGCUGAUUGUGUUGACCCGGGCCUGCCUUUGAUUUCUCUAAGCAAAGGUUUGGAGCUGAAUACACUUAGAAUGAUGUCCCAAAUAAUACCCCGAGCACUUAACAAUCCUCGGCAGCCCUUUGUUGUCCUGUCCGGACCUUCGUUUGCGCUGGAGUUGAUGAACAAAUUGCCGACAGGGGUUGAAAUUGCAGGUGCUCUUAAGAAUGUACUCGCUAUAGCUGCCGGGAUUGUGGAAGGACUAAAUCUUGGAAAUAAUUCUAUGGCGGCUCUUGUUGCACAAGGCUGCUCGGAGAUUAGAUGGCUGGCAACAAAGAUGGGUGCAAAAUCAACCACAUUGACUGGUUUAUCCGGGACUGGUGACAUUAUGCUGACGUGUUUCGUUAACCUCUCGAGAAACAGAACGGUUGGUGUUCGUCUAGGAUCCGGUGAAAAACUCGACGAAAUACUCAGUUCAAUGAAUCAGGUGGCUGAGGGUGUGUCGACUGCAGGGGCUGUAAUUGCAUUGGCUCAGAAAUAUAAGGUCAAAAUGCCCGUUUUGACAGCUGUCGCUCGUAUUGUCGACAAUGAGCUCACGCCUACUAAAGCCGUUUUCGAACUAAUGAAUCUCCCACAGGUUGAAGAAGUUUAG